AUCGCGUGGGCCAUCUACUUUGAUGACACUGUGCAGUGUCAAAUGGAGGAGUAAAAAAAUUAACAUGUUUGAAACAAGAGAUUGUUAAGUAUUUAUCAUGAUAAUUAAAUUUCAAUUGCUUUAAGAAGACUUAACAACACUAAAAUAUACAACAAAUAAAACGAGAACAACAUUGCAUCAAAGCAAAUACAAAUUAUGGUGUUCACGGAAACUAAGAUGAAUUUGGAAGUGGUGUCUGUACACAGACAUCCAGAAUACCUGAUGGAUUGCUGCAAACUUUUAAACCAAGAAUGGAAGAGAUCAGAUACAGCUCGCUUGCAUAGCUUACAACAAUCUUGUGAUACAUUACCUACCUCACUGGUUCUUCUUAAAGAUAAACUCGCUAUUGGACAUCUUAAAUUAUCCAUAAUUCCAAGCAUUCGAACUGCCUGUUUUCUAGAAUCAGUAGUGAUAGAAAAAAGUCUUCGAGGAAAGGGUUAUGGCUCAAUUUUAAUGAAGGAAGCAGAAACGUUUUGUAGAAGUUUAGGAUUAGAUAUGAUAUAUUUAUCAACGAAAGGCCAAGAACAGUUUUACCAGAAAUUGGGUUACAGUCAAUGCGCCCCUGUUUCUAUAUAUGGAAGUUUUGUGCCCAAACUUUCGGAAGUGCCAAAAAAUAUAAAAAAUAGCAAUUUAAAGUUGACAUCGACGCUUACAAAUGAAAUUAAAAACAGUUCUCUCCCGCGGCUCGUCACUCCUCUCGCUCCUCCACCACCACCCCCUUUACCAUCAAUAAACAGCAUCACUAAAACAAUUGCUACUUAUAUGAACAAAGAGUUAUAGCUUUAAGUAUCAGAUUUAUAAACGUGUAUUUUUUAAGUGAUUGUGCUUUAUGAAAGCUUUGUUGUAUUUAAUAAAUUUAUUUUACAAUUG